CCAGCCAUAGUGAUCGGUCUCCAGGCUACUUGGGCGAGGUUAGCGAUAUUCGCUUUGUUAAUCUCGUGAAAAAAAUUCUGCAAACCCAAGAUGGGACCGCGAUGACACAAAAUGAUUUUGAGAGCUACGAUCAAGGCGAGAGCUUAUUACCGUCUAAUAGGCCCUCUUGUCCCAUCAUCCUACUACCUGUCUUUGAGGAAGCUAAGCAUUAUAUCAAUGCUUUUUUUACCACCAUCCAUAUUGCUUACCCUUUUAUUCCCGAGUCGCCUUUCAUACAAAAUUAUAAGGCGCUAGAAAGUCAUGACACUCCCCAGGCUCAGAGCUGCAAGAGUAUCUUCGAGACAGCGCUAUCAUAUACAAUUUGCGCUAUUGGGGCUUAUUAUAAAGCCUUGCCUGGCAAGGACGAAACCGUAGGUAUGCUGCACGAGAAACUUUACUCAUACGCUUUAACUCUAGCGCCAACUUCCAACAUGGAACGAUCACUCGGUCACGUCGUACUUCUUUUGGCGAGAUGCUUCUACCUCCUGGUUGUGUGCAAGACAGAAAGUUGUUGGACAGUACUUGGCCAAGCAGUUCGUGUAGCUCAAAGCAUUGGGCUGCACAUGAAAAACGAGGAAGUAGACCAUAUAAAACCCGGUCAUUCCCCAGAGACCGAAAAACGGCGCCGCGUGUGGUAUUCCAUCUAUGUAUUAGAUCGACUUCUUUCAUUACAGCUUGGUCGCCCCCCAGCGAUCCAUGAUGAUGAUUUCAACGUCCCAUUACCCACAAGAGCCAGUGACACCGAGAUUGAUUGGGCAGGCGAACUCAUCGAAGAGGGAGACAACAGUGAUGCAUCGUCAGGAGACUAUUUCCUCGAAGUAAUUGCCUUCUCGGGAAUUGUCGGGCGAGUUCUCCGCAGCCUAUAUCGUCCUAGGAGAAGCCAUUUCGCCUCGGAAGAUUUGCUCACUACGAAAGACCUCGAUCGACAACUUGUGGAAUGGAAAUUAGCCCUCCCGAGAGCUCUUCGUUUUGAUCUAGGUCAUACAUUUGAGCAACUACAAACUUUCAAGAGACAGCGAAACAUGCUGGCCAUAAAGUAUCACCAUCUCAGGGCUCUCAUCUACCGCCCGUAUUUGUGUCACCCGCUUCUGAUGCACCUGGCCGAUCCAACUGCCACCAUUAGCCAGCUAGAUUGGCCGCUGAUACGCUCGUACGAGAAAGCAUGCAUUUCGGAAGCACGGGAGACUGCACGGUUGCUACAUGGGAUCUCCAGCAAAGAGGAACUGGUUCAUGGAUUCCCAUGGUGGCAGAUGAUAUCAUGCUUAGUAUGCGCUAGCUCUAUCUUGCUAGUAUCUAGCAUGUUUGCCGAAGCAACGCUUGAAUUGUCGUCCGAGUUUGAUACUGCCGGGCUGUCUGACGACGCAGAAACAUGUCUCAAAGUUUUCGAUGCCCUCAGUAUAAAGUCACCAGGAGCGAGAAUCGCGCGAGAUAUGAUGAAAGCUUUGAAAGACUGCGGGGUGAGGUUUAAAGACGCCAGCAAUGGCACUCCGAGAAGUAUUCAAGAGGCUGAGAAAUCAUUUGACAACUCUCCAGGAUUUCAGAGCCAUAUAUCUCAUCCAAAUACAGUGUCGACUUUACCUUAUACCAGCGAUUACGGGCAACAUUUACCCAUGCCGGGCGGCCUGGUACCAACAAAUUGCUACUGGCCGGCGGAAAUAGUAGACUCGAUGACAUGGUCGGCGCAGUUUUUUGAUUUUGGUCAUUGAAGGCGGAUGUACGGAUAACGAACCGGCAUUUAUAGCCGGCGCUUAGUAAUUACCUACGGUUCCAUAGUAGCUACAUGAUUGCGAGAUGAGAGGACUAAGAUCUAACAGACUACCUACAUGACGUAGAGGAAA